AUAAUUUGAUAAGAAUUCAUUAGGAAAAAUUUUUUCGUGAUUUCUUAAUAAAUAUUUUUGGUUUAAAUUAAAUUUCUACCCUGAAACACCAAGAUGAAAUGCGAUACAAUUCUAAAGCCCGAAAAAUAUGGAGCAGGACUCAAGGGCAUUUUCCGACAAGCUAUGCAUGAAAUGCCAUUGAUUACUAUAUGUUCUCCAUUCUGCGUUGUCGGCUUAGGGCUGAUUUUGUACCAUACUUAUAGAUAUGAACAAAAUGAUGGAAACAAUAAAAAAUAUAAAUUCAAAUAUACCCUUUACCGACCAGAUGACCCUAGAGUUCCACACAUCAAGAAUUGAAAAUUAAAAAUUGGAAUUAUUAAGAUUGUAUGUUGUUGAAUUAAUAGACAUUAGAAAUAAUUACAAAGAAAAUAAAAACAAAUUCUUCUAAUAUUUAUGAGAAAAAAACUAUGUUAAGUUAUAAAUACAGUGCAUAUUAAUUAUUAA